AUGAGAGCGAACAGUGAGAGGUAUAAGGUAGCUAGGAAGGAGGCGAAGAUGGCAGUCAUGGAGUCUAAGACUGAGGCUUUUGCUCAUCUGUAUGAGGAACUGGGGAACAAAGGCGGGGAGAAGAAGUUAUUCCAGCUGGCUAAGGCGAGAGAGAGGAGGGCUCAGGAUCUGGACCAAGUGAGGUGCAUAAAAAAUGAGGACGGCAAAGUUUUGAUGGGGGAUGACCAGAUUAAGAGGAGGUGGCAGACCUACUUUCAUAAACUUCUAAUUGAAGAAGGGGAUCAGGAUGUUGUACUAGGUGAAUUGAGGAAUGCCGACAGUCCCUAUGACUUUAGUUAUUGUAGGCAAAUUGAGGUCGAGGAGGUCAUGGAGGCAAUGCGUAAGAUGAGUAGGGGCAGAGCUACCGGGCCAGAUGAAAUUCCGAUUGAACUUUGGAGGUGUGUGGGUAGAGCAGGCUUGGAAUGGCUGACUGGGUUGUUUAAAGUUAUAUUCAAGACGAAUAGGAUGCCUGAAAAGUCGAGGUGGAGUACAAUGGUUCCGUUGUAUAAGAAGAAAGGCGAUAUCCAGAGUUGGGAGGUGCCAUGGUGUAUGCUAUUGGCUGAUGACAUUGUUCUGAUUGAUGAGACACGAGGCGGCGUCAAUGAGAGGAUGGAGGCUUGGAGACAUGCCCUUGAGUCUAAGGGUUUCAAGUUGAGCAGGACUAAGAUGGAGUACCUCGAGUGCAAAUUUGGCGUCGAGCCGACGAAAGCGGGAGUGGACGUGAGGCUUGACUCUCAAGUCAAUCCCAAGAGGGGGAGGAGGAGCACUGAUGCGCCGGUGAGGAAGUGUGAGUGA